AUAAGCGAGUGGGCGGAGUGGCCAGCGACCCAGUGACGUCACGGAUGUGUUCUGCAGCUGCUGCAGGGACCGGUGUCUGGGAGAGAAGCGGGCAGUGAUUGACAGGUGAGAUGGCCAAUCACUACUAGGAUCCUGCAGCUUCAUCGUCACCCCCGGGAGGAUGGGGGCGCUAACAAGCCGGCAACACGCAGGAGUGGAAGAGGUGGACAUGCCCUCAAGUUCCAUCUACAGAUACCCCCCGAAAUCUGGCAGUUACUUUGCCAGCCACUUUAUCAUGGGUGGAGAGAAGUUUGAAUCCAGCCACCCAGAGGGCUACCUGUUUGGGGAGAACAGUGACCUGAACUUCUUGGGCAGCCGCCCUGUCACGUUUCCAUAUGCUGCACCUUCUCCACAAGAGCCAGUGAAAACGCUGCGCAGUCUGAUCAACAUCCGCAAGGACACGUUGCGUUUAGUAAGGUGUACAGAAGAAAUGAAGGCCAGCAGUGUGGAGGGCAGCCGUCCCAAAGUACAUUAUAAUGUGGAAUUUACGUUUGAUACCGAUGCACGAGUGGCAAUUACUAUCUAUUACCAAGCAACUGAAGAGUUCCAAGGGGGAAUUGCAAGUUACAUUCCUAAGGCCAGCAACCUGCAGUCAGAGACUGUUUACUUCAAGAAAGGUGUCAGCCAGCAAUUUUGCCUUCCAUCACAUAAUGUAGACCCGUCUGAAUGGAGGGAAGAAGAGCUGACGUUUGACCUGGACCGAGAGGUGUAUCCAAUGGUUGUUCAUGCAGUGGUGGAAGAAGGUGAAGAACAUAUCGGUCACUCCCAUGUGCUAAUGGCAACAUUUGAAAGGCAUGCAGACAGUAGCUACUGUGUAAAGCCUCUGAAGCAGAAACAAGUGGUGGAUGGGGUCAGUUAUCUAUUGCAGGAAAUCUAUGGCAUCGAAAAUAAAUAUAAUUCACAUGACUCCAAGGUGACAGAAGAUGAAGUCAGUGACAACAGUGCUGAGUGUGUGGUUUGUCUAUCUGAUGUCCGAGAUACACUUAUUCUGCCAUGCAGACACCUCUGCCUGUGCAAUACAUGUGCAGAUACUCUACGUUACCAGGCCAGCAAUUGCCCUAUCUGCCGACUGCCUUUCCGAGCCCUUCUUCAGAUUCGGGCAAUGAGAAAGCUUCCUGGUCCUCAUUCGCCUGCUGGAUUCAGCCCUAUCAUUGCAGCCCCAACCUCAGACUCUGAAGAGCACACGUCGGCUGAACAUGUUCCCCCUGGGUAUGAGGUGGUUUCCCUCCUGGAAGCUUUGAAUGGACCCCUGACGCCAUCACCAUCUGCCCCUCCAUUGAGGGCUCUAGGGGAAUCUCGGCGGCCUGGCGUGCUCCCAUCAUAUGGCAGCGAUAUUCAGCUCCCCCACCUCCGGAUGCACUCACCUCUGCAGCACCUAUGUGGCAGCCAAGCUCUAAAGCUGAAGAAAAGUAUUUCCAGGUCAAUUUCCCAGAAUUCCUCUGUGUUACAAGAAGAUGAGAUGGAGAAAUCAUUUAGUGAAGCUGAGAUUCGAAGUCCCAGGAAAAAAACACCUCAACUUGCCGAGGAGAAUGGAGCUACCCCGGAGAGCGAAAACCUGACUCUGUCUUCUUCUGGAGCCAUUGACCAGUCUUCCUGCACAGGAACGCCCCUAUCCUCCACCAUCACCUCUCCUGAAGACCCUUUGAGCAGUAGCCUGGCACAGUCCGUAAUGUCCAUGGCCUCGUCCCACAGCCAGCAGUCCCAGCUCAGCACAGACACAGUGUCCUCCAUGUCUGGCUCCUACACAGCUGGCGUGAUGGAGGAAGAGGAGGAGGAGGAAGAGGGGAUCACGCCAUCACCUCCAGUGGCACCCAGCGGUUCCCCAUCAGAAGAGGGAGAGCUAUCACCAGAGGGGCACUUUGUGACUGUGUCUGCAGAUGAAAUGGAUGCAGAGGGAAAUGUCACAGAAGAAGAAUUUGCAUCUCCAGAAGAGGAUGAUGGGCAGAGGACUGGCAGAGAGUGUGACAAUAACAAUGCAGCUCAUGUCACACUGGACGCUCUGGACAAUGUGCGGGGCUCUGAUGGCUGCCUGGCCGAUGGCUGUUACCCUGGGGUUCCUGCACAGAAGAGGAGGCAUCCAUACCAUGCGUCAGACACUUGUAUCUCUCUGCAGGAGGUGGGAGACAGACAAGGUCGUCUGGGUGCUCAAGAUGUGUGAUGACUCUUCUCUCUAAGUCUUGCUGCUUGCCCCAUAGACACCUCUCACAGAGAGGCUCCCACGCCCAUUAAGACGCUCAGGACUCACCACUGACUCUACCCCCAUGCCAGCUUUCAUCUCCUACCUUGUUUCACGCUCCAGCUUUAAGAAGGUCGACAUUUUCACCCACAGCCUUUGCAGGAAGGUGGUUCCUGCCCACUUCACAUUUUGUGUAUGAAUCCUGGACUAGUGGAGCCUGGCACUGGCAAUGCUGAAACAUGCUACUACAUUAUGUAAGCUGUGACAUUGCUGAAUUUGUUCCAGCAGAGAUUGGUGGCAACUAUUCACUGAAAGUGUAUGGUGAAUAUCUGCAAACUAAUACAGCGCCACCUGCUGCGUGCUCAGUAAGUAGCAGUGCCUGUCAUUGUUCGUUGAUGUAAAAGUUGGCAUUGGUGUCAUCAACGGCUGUGCAGCUUAAUGCAGCUACCUGGUAAUGUCCAUUCUAAUCCUCAGGGGGAUGAAGGAAUUAAUAGACAAGAGUGAUUUACCUAAAGCGAAACUCCAGUUUUUAUGGAAAAAAAAAAACACUUUUAGGGCCACUAUACCGAUGGCAAUAAUUUUCAGCAAAUUUUAUUGCGCAUCCUUGCCUGCUUUUGUUCUGUAGCAUUAGAUAUGCUAUGCCAAUGCACUUGCUCACAUCUUUCCAAAUGAGUUCUAAGCAGCAAGUUCUGCUUUUGCUUUAUUCCUGUGAUUUUGUUUGGUUUUGUAAUAAUGAUCAUUGCAUCCCAGAGUACAGCAACGUGUAUAUGUUUUUCACCAAAGAUGACAUUUUUUAUUGCAGUCAACUUAAGGACAUGUCAUGUGGUACCUUCAGGUUUUGUGGGAAGAGCAUUGAACAAGUUACAGAAAGAUGAAUAUAAGAAGAUAACUUGGCAAAAUUAUCCAUAUUGUAGUUAUACAGUACAUGUUUUUUUUUUUUUUUUGCUGAACUGGAGUUUUCUUUCAAUUAUAUGACCUGAGUGUAGAUUGGCUGA